AUGCUUUUGUGCCAAGAACUAAUAGAACGAAGCGAUGUAGCAUGAGCACAAACAGUGGAGGCAUAUAUUUGCAGGAUUUGGAGACAAGGCAGGUGCCGGAAGGAAUUACACGAUCCUCUAAAGAGCAAGCCGCGUAUUACGCCGAAAAGGAACGUGAAGAGCGUAUUCGAGCUCUGAGAGUCCCCUAUGAAGAUGGACGUGUUCGAGAACUUUUACGUGGAUUUGGUGAACCAGUAACGUACUUUGCGGAAGAUGCAGGAUCGCGACGAGAAAGACUGCUGAAUUGGAUGCUAGAGCGUUCCUACGAGGGCCAGCAAGACAUCAUCAUGGAUGCCGUUCAAGGAGAUGAAGCAGAUGAAGAUGAGGAUCACGAAACGUAUUCGGAAGGCAGCCAAGAAUUGUUAGAGGCACGACGAAGAAUCGCUUUAUACUCUUUGGAAAAGGCCAAGUUGCGUUUGGAAAUUGAAAGAAAAGAGUUUGAAAUCCCUGUUCCAGAGAAGAUUAUCUCGGCUCGUUUUGCUGCCGAUCAUUAUCGCAAAGUAGAUGCGCAGGGUUCGCAGGUGGGUGGAGAGCGACCUAUGUCUAUCAUUCGUUUCUGUCAAGAUGGUAACAAAUUCGCUACUGGCAGUUGGAGCGGACAGGUAAAGGUUUGGGACACUAAGGACCUAUCUCAAGUAAGGUUAUAUCGAGGCCAUACAGACAAAGUUUCGGGAUUAGACUGGCAUCCUGGUUGUGUGACAUGGGAUGAGAUGUCAGAAAAUGUCUGUUUUGCGACAGGAGCAGCAGACAAUUCAGUAUGUCUAUGGAACGGAAAGCAAUCCACUCCAAUUUCGAGAUUGGAUGGGCAUUUGGCUCGUGUCCUACGAGUAGCGUUUCAUCCGAGUGGUGAUUAUUUGGCUUCUGGGUCUUUUGAUACAACAUGGAGGUUAUGGGAUGUCGCAACAGAAACCGAAUUGCUCAUGCAGGAGGGUCAUGCAGAAGGUAUUUUCAGUGUUGCCUGGCAACCUGAUGGAUCCCUUCUUAGUUCUGGCGGAAUGGAUGCCAUCGGACGGGUGUGGGAUGUUCGAUCUGGAAAGUCCAUAAUGGUUUUGGAUGACCACAUUCGUCACAUUGUUUCUAUGGAUUGGGCACCGAAUGGAUACCAGCUAGCAACAGCGUCAGCGGAUGAUACUAUCAAAUUAUGGGAUCUCCGUAAUGUUUCGAUUAGUCAAACGAUUCCAGCACAUACAUCUCUUGUAUCGGAAGUUCGUUAUUUGCAAUCGGAGAAUGCCGUACUUUUGCUGUCUAGUGGAUAUGAUGGAUGUGUCAAAAUCUGGAAUCCAACCACCGGAGCUUUGGUUAAAAAUUUAGUCGGCCACGAAGAAAAGGUGAUGAGUGUUGAUGGUCAUGGAGACCGAUUGUUAUCGUCUGGAUUUGAUCGAACCAUUAAACUCUGGCAUCCAUAAUACAUUUCCUCCUUGUAUAUCACGUCCGUCGAAAGCUAUACGUACGAGCUAGUCAGAUCGCUCUUUUGUGGGAACUGUAUUGUGGCAUUUGCAGUUGACUUUUUUUGUUAUUCUUUGGAUUGGAUUGAAAUGGAUUAGAAUAGAAUAGAAUAAUGUUAUGAAUUGUAAUGUACAAUAGUAAAUGAAACAUGCUUACUACUUUUUGCUACAAAUGUCCCAUACUUUUUUGAGACGGA